CGCUUCUGGGCGGGGCGGGGCCCGUCUCCGAGAAGCCCAUCCCGUUGCCAGAGCCUGGACCCGGCGUGCGGCCGGAGAACGAGUCAGGGCUCAGGGGCGGAGUUUCGAGGUGCCGGAAUCAGUCAGCGUGUUUGAGUUAGAUGAGGGCGCGACCUAGUCGGCUGCGGCCAAUCGCGCGGAAGUCCUGAGCGGGCCUUUGGGGGCGUGGCCGGGCCCGGUCCUGGGCCGCGGUCGGGACCAUGUCCGCGCCGCCGCCCCUGCAGAUCCGCGAGGCGAACGCACACCUGGUAGCAGUACACCGGCGCGUCGCAGAGCUGGAGGCGCGGCUGGACGCCGCGGAGCGCACGGUGCGCGCCCAGGCCGAGCGCUUGGCUCGCCACGAUCAGCAGCUGCGCGCCGCGCUGGACGAGCUGGGCCGCACCAAGGACCGCGAGAUUGCUGCUCUCCAGGAACAGCUGCUGACCUCCGAGGCCACUGUCCACAGCCUGCAGUCUGCUGUGCACCAGAGGGACAAGCUCAUCGGGCAGUUGCAGCCCCGGGCCGAGCUGCUGCAGGACAUCUGCCGCCGCCGGCCACCCCUGGCUGGGCUGCUGGCCACCCUAGCUGAGGCCGAGCGCCUGGGGCCCUUGCCAGCCAGUGACCUUGGCCAUCCACUCACUGGUGGGCCAAGUUCACCUCUUGCCAACAGCACUGAGGCAGAGGGGGACAGGGACCACCUCCAACCAGCCGUGUUUGGGACCACCGUGUGAGCCCCGGAGCACAGAUUUCAAAAUGGAGACAGAGGGUCCCUGCAGGGACUUUUUCCAUUGCUGGUGUCCUCAGCAGGGGGAGAGGGUCAGCAGUGUCCCAGAGGGGACCCUGCGCAGAGCCAUAAUCCUUUCUAAGCACGAGAACCUGCUAGAAAGUCAUAGGUUUUAAAUGGGUAGCCUGCAGGCCAAAUGAAGAUGUUUAGCCCAGACAGGAUUUUUUUGAAACACAACUUUGCAUCAAUCACCCUUGCUGAAAAAUUGGCAACAUUUACACACAAAAAUCUGGAUUUCUAGCUUCAGACUUGGCCAGCCUGCCUGGAUCUGAGCCAGGAUACCCGAUUUAGGCAGAGUGUGAGUUUUAAUUAGCCUCCUCAUCUCUCUUAGGGCCAGAUGUCUGGCCCCCGAAACAUCCGAGUUUGACACCUCUCUUUCUCUGGUGGAGGCAGAUGACAUCAAGUUCCAUAUUAUUUGAAUUUUUCUCCCUUUUUCCCUUGCCUUGGUUUCGCUCCUCCCAGACUAACGCUUUUUUUACUCUUUUACCCAAGCCAGCAUUGAACUUCAAGCUUCAUGCCAUUUUGCAUUGGUUAUUUGAAAACAACUUUUAAUUCUAGGUACUUUUUUCCUGACUCCUCCCUCAACCUUUAACCCGGAAGGAAGGGUGUGCACGUGGGACAUGCUGGGGUGCUGACAGCCACACUGCCGCCCAGGAGAGCUCCGGCAUCCCUUGACCUUUUCUUGAUUUAAUGUCCUGCCUCAGGGCCUUUACAGUGGGUAUUCCCUCUGCCUCGAAUGCUCUUCCUCCAGAUGUCACAGGACUGAUUCCUUGUCACUCAGGUCUUUGCUCAAACGUCACCUCAGAGAGGCCUCUCCUGACCACCUUAUCUGAAGUCACUCCUCCCUAGCCCCCGUCAUUACGCUGUGUAUUUUAUUUUUCCUCUAUGGAACUUCUUCCCAUCAGGAUGUAAGGUCCACGAGGGCAGGCUUCUUGUUCUGUCACCAGUCUGCGGCACAUCUGGAGACCCCAGGAGAAGCAGGAUGGGUCUGUGGACCCUGCAGGAAGCCAGAGGUCCCCAGCACUUUUGAUGAGGCCGUCCCCUAGUCCGGCUUUUGUAGUAAGCAGCUGGCUCCUUUUUUAUAUUUCCUAGAGAAUCUAUUUUUUAACUCCUUAUUUUUACACUGCACUUCUUGGCCCAAGACGUUCAAGGCACUUUGCUUUUUAAAAUCAAACCAGGGAACCCUGUGCCCUUUCCUGCCCAGUUGAAGUGCCCAGCCCAGUACCAUGGCAGCCGUCUCCAGGCUUCCUCACUCAGGGAAUUGUCACACCAGGAACCGAGGGGCAGGGCCCAGUUCAGCCUGGAAAGAUUGGCGCCUGCCCCUAACCCUCAGGGCGGUGCCGCUUGUCCACCCGGUGUCCAACAGUGCCCCCCAGUGUGGUAACAAUAACCCCAUUUACUCUUCUGGAUGG